AUGCCCCGCUGCUGGGUGAUGGUGCUGGGGGACGUGGGGCGGUCCCCCCGCAUGCAAUACCACGCCUCCUCGCUGUGCAAGACGCCCGGCUACGAAGUGGUGCUGGUCGGCUACCGCGGCGCGGCGCUGAUUGAAGAGCUGCAAGCGCAUGCCGCUGCCGGCACCCUCGACGUGCGAUACCUGCCUGACCUGCCCCCACUGGUCCGCCGCCUACCUCGCCUGCUGGCGCUGCUCGCCAAGGCGCUGUUCCAGCUGGCCACGCUGCUGUGGAUGCUGCUGGUGGCGCUGCCCCGCCCCGACGCCAUCCUGCUGCAGCUGCCGCCCGCCAUUCCCACCGUGCUGGUGUGCCGCCUGGCCGCGCUGCGCCACCGCGCCCGCCUCGUGUUUGACUGGCACAACUUUGCUUACACGCUCAUGGCCAUCGGCAUGGGCAGGGGGCACCCCGUGGUCCAGCUGGCGGAGCGGUACGAGCGGUACUGGGGCCGCGCCGCGCAUGCCUCGCUGUGCGUGACGCGGGCGAUGCAGGUGGAGCUGGCGUGGCACUGGGCGGUACCGGCUACCGUCUUCUACGACCGACCCCCAGACUUCUUCCGACCAGCCAGCCUGCAGGCGCGCUGCGCUGCGCUGCACAGUGGGCCCACGCCUGCACUGUGGGCCCACGCCUGGCCUUGCUCGCUCGAGAAGCACGCGCUCCUGCUCAAGCUGCAGCCGGUGCUGGCCCAGGGGCUGCACCCCCAUGACUUUGUGGCGGAGCUGUAUGCCAGCGGCCAGCUGGCGCCAGGUCAGCACACGCUGUGCACGCAGCAGGUGGCCGCCAACGGCAUCGGCGCCCGCAAGGGCUCUGCGGCUGCGGCGGCGGGUGCGGUGCGGGAGCGGGAGGGGCGGCCGGCGCUGGUGGUCAGCAGCACGAGCUGGACGCCGGAUGAAGACUUUGGGCUGCUUCUCAAGGCGGCAGAGCUGUACGACGGCCGAGUGCGGCGCUCCCGCCGCCCCUCCGUCUACCCGUGCCUCCUGUUUUUGGUGACGGGGCGCGGGCCGCAGCGGGCAGAAUAUGAGGAGCGCAUGGCGGGCAUGGACCUGCGCCAUGUGGCAUUCAGGACGCUGUGGCUGGAGCCCGAGGACUACCCCCGCCUGCUGGGAUCCGCAGACCUGGGCGUCUCCCUGCACGCCUCCUCCUCCGGCCUCGACCUGCCCAUGAAGGCGAGCGGCCCAUGGGGCUGCAUCGGGGAGCUGGUGUCCCACGAACACAACGGCCUGCUGUUUGCCACGCCUCAGCAGCUGGCCCAGCAGCUGGUUGAGUGCUUCCGGGUGUCGGGCGGCGGCGCCGGCGGCAGCGCGCUGCUGGCGCAGCUGCGCCGCGGGGUGGAGGGCGCCAGCAUGGCGCGCUGGCACGACACCUGGCGCAAGACGGUGCUGCCGGUGCUGCAGGGCGGCGGCAAGGGCGGCGGGGCGGCGGCCACUGCCAGGGCUGGAGUGCUGCGGUGA